ACCGCGCGUCUCCUUUUCGCCGGCAUUUCAGCCGAAAUGAAGAUUUGAACGACAUAAAUACGCUUAAUUUGAAGAAACAUUCGUUUUAAUUGUGUUAAACAUUCAUUAAGAUGUAGUUCAACUGAUGGAAUGUUGUCACGAAUUGAUAUGUGAUGAAAGCUAUAUCGAUUAUGGAAAUGAGCAUCAUGUCCAGUAACCUGCCUCCCCUGCGAAAUCUGCCCAGCUGGUCCAGGGUUCGAGAUCUGGACCGUGUCAGAUACCCCAGACUGCUCACCAGUGACUACAUGGUCAGAUCUCCUCCUGUGGGCAUCAGGAGUGUGAAAGCAGCAGCAGCUGACCCCAGAACAGAUGCACAGGAGGACACACGCGUGGCCUCUCUGCAGAAAGACAUUGAGUUCCUCCUACAGCAGCAUAAAGACACGCUGGAGAGACUGCAUGCUGAGAUCGACGGCCUGAAGCGGCUUAAUAAAGAAUUGCAGUAUCGGUUGGUUAUGAAACACGAGCAUUCUCCAAAAGGCUCCAUAGGGACCAACAGUGAUUCCUCAAAAUCCAGCAGAGACGGAUCAGCAGAGAGGGUUUCACAAUGCAGAUUCAUCAGUUCAGCAGAGUCAGGACAGGGCGCCGUCACAUCACUCCUGCCGCUCCAGAUCUCCUGCAGUUCGUCCCAGAAUCCCCGAAAUCCAACGCUGAAGGAGUGUGAGCUGAUCAUCCGAGAGCUCUAUCAGGCCAACAGCUCACAGCAUCAAGAGCUGCUGCGGGUCAAGACGCUCCUAAGGAACAUUGCAUCUACAAAUAAAGCAUCGGCUGAAGUCUCUCUCACACGAGCCUGCCAAUGUGACAAUAACAGGGCUGAAGUUUUCAAGCAUUUUCCAAAACUACCUCUCAAACCACUGCCAACGAAACAGCUCCCAAGUCAAGUCAGUAAAGGAGCAACUGUGAUUCUUCCAGCCAUCAAACGCAAUUUAAGCAGCAGCACGAUGUCCGAGCGCCAGAGGAGAGCGCAGGACGGACACAGAAUGAGACUCCGGAGAACCGUCAACUCCUAAAACUGAUCAUAAUACAGAGGAACGUGAGAUGACUUUCCAUCAUGCUGACUUAUUUUUACCUCAUGAACACACUCACUUUUACAUCAAUCUCUCUAUUAAGGACACACAUGUAUUUUCUACUCUAAGCCAAAUAUCAAAAAGACUUUUACUGACUAAAAUGCUGAAUUUCCAUGACCUAUAAUGAAUAGAACUUUAAAGUCUCAGAUCAUCAAAGUAAUUUAAAUAUUAGUCAAAGAUAACACAAGUGAAUACAUUAUGCAGUUUUUAAAUGAAGGGUUUUGAUAUGAAGGGAAAACAAACUCCAAAACUAUAUAGCCCUGUGUGAAACACUGUCUGCCUCUUUAAACCAAACAACUUGUUUGGCCUACCUUACAGCAACAACUGCAAUCAAGUGUUUUUGAUAACUUGAAAUGAGUCUAUUACAGCAAUAUGGAGGAAUUUUGGCCUGCUCAUCUUUGCAGAAUUGUAAUUCAGCAAAAUUUUCGAGUAACUUACUGUUACUUUAACAUUUGUCUUGUCAGUACUCGUCAGAGUAUUUUCCCAAAAGUCAAGAUGUUUUCUGGGAAAACUGAGAUGAUCUUGUUCUUGUUGCUCAGCAUUGGUUUUCAUCUUGGAAAAAAUUCGCUCAGUCUCUAUCUUAUGGUGGAGCCAUGAACACUCACCUUAAUUGAUUCAAGUGAGGCCUGAAGUUCUUUGGAUGUUGUUUUAGGGUCUUUUGUGACCUUUUGGAUAAGUUGUCGCUGCACUUUUAGGGUAAUUUUGGUCAGCUGGCCACUCCUGGGAAGAUUCUCUAAUAUUCCAUGUUUUUGCUAUUUGUAGAUAAUGGCUCUCGCUGGGGUUUGAUGCAGUCCAAAAGCUUUAGAAAUGACUUUAUAACCCCUUUCAGACUGGCAGAUCUCAAUUUUUUUCAGCAUGAUGUCUAACUUUUGAGGAUCUUUUGGUCUACUUCACUUUGUCAGGCAGGUCCUGUUUAAGUGAUUUCUUGAUUGUGAACAGUUGUGGCAGUAAGCCGGAUUGAGUGUGGUUAUGGAAUUAAACUUAUUAUUAUUAAACCUUAAACCUAAUAAUUAAAGUUAUUAGGUUUAAGGGGCAAACACUUUUUCACACAGGGCAAUGUGGUUUUGGAUUUUGUUUUCCCUUAAUAAUAAAAACCUUCGUUUAAAAAAUGAAUGAUGUAUUUCUUUGUGUUAUCAUUUACUAAUAUUUAAAUUAGUUUGAUAAUCUGAAACAUUACAAACAUCACAAAGUGUGACAAACAUGCAAAAAAUAAGAAACCAGUGAGGGGACUAAUAUAUAUAUAUUAUAUAUAUUUAUAU